AUUUGAGAAUUUUUUGCACAGUCUCUAUGAAAUACUUUGCAAAAAUUCACCCGCUCUUUGAUUAUAACUUUGUGUUAACUGUUUUUAAGAAAUACGACAGAUAAUAAAAUGUUUAUUAAUUUAAAACCAAGACGAAGUUCCCAUUUUAGGAAAUUUAUUGUUAGUUUGAUUGGAAACACACAAUUGAAUAACAAUCAUUAUAACCUCUUGUAGCUAAACAGAGCUAUAAAAGCAGAUUCUAAAAUAAAACCGUCACACAUUUUACUAUCUAUAUUACAAUGUACACCAAAAUUGUAGUUCUAUUUGCACUAGUGGCAGUAUUUGCAUUAACAGAUGGAAGAGUAACCCACUGCGAGAGACAUAAUGGUGACAGAGAGUUUCGUUGUGCAAAAGACGAUUAUCGUGCAGACACCAUUGCCGUCCACAACAGAGCUGGAAAUAGGAUCUCCUUCAAAGUGGGAAAAUGGUUGUCCCGCUGUGGACGACCUGGACAGAAUUACUCAGAUCAGGAAUACCAUUUAGGGUCAGGCGAGAACAUUAACAUUGACUUCAGCGAAGUUGGUUCUGGAUCAUGCAACGAGCUAUUCAUUUAUCAGUGUAGAAUUGAUAACCGAGAUGCCAAUUGUCUUGAUACAGUUACUGCUACACCCAACCUUUAAAGGUAUCGUUAAUAACAUUUAAAUUACAUGUAUUUAUUUUCUUAUUUAAAUAUAUUAUUUAUUUUUGUA